GCCCUGGCAUAUUCACCUGAUGAAUUAUACCAACUCCGGCACAUUUGGUCUGCGUUUAAAAAGAAACUCCCACUCAACAUUUGAGGGGAGUAGCAGAAGCAGCAGCCACAACGUUCCCCAAAUUCAAAAAAAAAUCCACUAAACUAUGAUAAUGUUGUUCUCUACUCUCUUCCACACUAAACUCAGCCGAUGCUUCUCUUCUUCUUCUUCGUCGUCUUCUUCUUCUUAUCGUAACAGUCUUCCAGAACUCCCACCUAUUCAAACUUUACUCAAAAGCGGCUUCACUCCCACACUCAAAUCCAUCAUCCAAUUCCUUCUCUUCCUUUCUCAAACCCGCAGGUUCAACACAGUCAUCCAUUUCUUCUCUCAAAUGGACUCCAACCGAAUUAAAGGCAACUCCCAGACUCGCUCAAUUCUCACAUGGGCUCUCCUAAAAUCGCACAAAUAUGAAGAGGCGGAGCAUUUCAUGAGGACCCAGAUGGCCGAAACUUCAAAAUUUCAGAGUAAUCGCGUUUGGGACUCUCUAAUUCAAGGCCUAUGUAUAAACCGGAAAGACCCGGAGAAAGCUUUAUUGGUAUUACGGGAUUGCUUGAUCAACUAUGGUAUUUUUCCUUCUUCUUUCACUUUUUUCUCAUUAAUUCAUAGACUUAGCUAUCAAGGUGAUAUGAGCAAGGCUAUUGAGGUCCUGGAGUUGAUGACUGAUGAUAAAGUUAAGUACCCCUUUGAUAAUUUUGUUUGUAGUUCAGUAAUUUCUGGGUUUUGUAAGAUUGGGAAGCCAGAAAUUGCGGUUAAAUUUUUCGAGAAUGCUGUAAAUUCGGGAGCUUUACAGCCUAAUAUUGUGACUUAUACAGCACUUGUGGGUGCUCUUUGUAAAUUGGGAAGAGUUAAUGAAGUUUGUGAUUUGGUUUGUAGGAUAGAGAAGGAAGAAUUGGCAUUUGAUGUUGUUUUCUAUAGUAGUUGGAUUUGUGGUUAUAUUUCAGAAGGUGCUCUAAUGGAGGUAUUUCAGAAGAAUAGACAGAUGGUGGAUAAAGGCAUAAGAUCAGAUACAAUUAGCUAUACUAUAAUGAUAGAUGGGUUUUCCAAGCUAGGAGAUGUAGAAAAGGCACUUGGUUUUCUGAUAAAGAUGAGGAAAGGUGGAUUAGAACCCAAUUUGAUUACAUAUACUGCCAUCAUGUUGGGAUUUUGCAAGAAAGGAAAAUUGGAGGAGGCAUUUGCUAUUUUCAAGAUGGUUGAAGAUUUGGGAAUUGAAGUUGAUGAAUUUAUGUAUGCAACUUUAAUUAACGGGUCUUGCAUGAGAGGGGAUCUUGAUGGUGUUUUUCAGCUCCUACAUAACAUGGAAAAGAGGGAGAUUAAUCCGAGCAUUGUCACAUACAACACUGUAAUUAAUGGAUUAUGCAAAUUCGGGAGGACAUCAGAGGCUGAUAAGAUCUCGAAGGGAAUACUUGGAGAUACAAUUACAUAUAGUACAUUGCUACAUGGCUACAUUGAGGAAGAAAAUAUCACAGGGAUUAUGGAAACAAAGAGGAGAUUGGAGGAAGCUGGAGUCUCUAUGGAUGUUGUUAUGUGUAACAUAGUUAUUAAAUCACUGUUCAUGGUGGGGGCAUUUGAGGAUGCUUAUAUGCUGUACAAGGGAAUGCCAGAAAAGGAGUUGGUUGCGGAUUCCAUUACAUAUUGUACAAUGAUUGAUGGGUACUGUAAAGUAGGUAGAAUGGAUGAGGCACUGGAGAUAUUUGACGAGUUCAGAAGGACACCAGUUUCCUCAGUUGCAUGUUAUAAUUGUAUUAUCAGUUGGCUCUGUAAGCAGGGAAUGGUAGAUAUGGCCACGGAGGUAUUUAUUGAACUCAAUGGGAAAGAUUUAGGUUUGGAUUUAGGUAUCUACAAAAUUCUGUUGAAGGCAAUUCUUGAAGAAAAAAGUGCAGCUGGAGUUUUAUGUUUGGUUCAAAGAACAGAGAAUUUGAGGACAGAAGUGUAUGAUGUUAUAAGCAAUGAUGCUAUCAGUUUCUUGUGCAAGAGAGGUUUUCCUGAGGCUGCAUGUGAAGUGUUUUUGGCGAUGAGGAGGAAAGGGUCAGUUGCCACAAGCAAAACUUACUAUUCAAUUUUAAAAGGUCUAAUUAGUGAUGGGAAAGAGUGGCUAACUCAGUCUUUUUUUAACAUCUUUGUGAAAGAAUAUGGCCUAGUUGAACCUAAGGUAAGUAAGAUUCUAGCUUACUACAUAUGUCUGAAGGGUGUCGAUGAUGCUCUCCGGUUUCUAAACAAAAUGAAGGACAAGCCUGCAACGGCCACUUUGCCUGUUUCUCUUUUUAAGACACUUAUAAAGAAUGGUAGAGUUUUGGAUGCAUAUAAACUUGUCAUGGUGGCUGAAGAUGGUGUACCUGUUCUGGAUGCGUUUCACUAUUCGCUUAUGGUUGAUGGCCUUUGUAAAGUAGGAUAUAUCAGUGAGGCAUUAGAUCUAUGUUGUUUUGCUAAAAAUAAAGGGGUUACCCUUAAUAUCAUCUGCUAUAAUUCAGUUUUAAACGGAUUGUGCCGCCAAGGCCACCUUGUAGAAGCGUUUCGGCUAUUUGAUUCGUUGGAGAAAAUUAAUUUGGUUCCCUCAGAAAUCACAUAUGCUACAUUGAUUGAUGCUUUACAUAGAGAGGGCUUUCUUCUGGAUGCCAAGCAGUUAUUUGAGAGGAUGGUCCUCAAAGGCUUGAAACCAAAUACACAUAUAUAUAACUCAAUUAUUGAUGGUUAUUGCAAAACUGGACAUAUGGAGGAUGCGUUGAAGCUUCUUUAUGAAUUUGACUUAAAAACCCUCAGGCCUGAUGAAUUCACUGUUAGUAUUAUAAUCAAUGGGUUUUGUCUAAAGGGUGAUAUGGAAGGUGCUCUUGAAUUCUUUAUUGAGCUCAAGAGUAAAGGUACAUCACCUGAUUUUUUGGGUUUCUUAUAUUUGAUAAGAGGUUUAUGUGCCAAGGGAAGGAUGGAAGAAGCCAGAACCAUCUUGAGGGAAAUGCUUCAGUCACAAUCUGUUGUGGAGCUAAUAAAUAGAGUUGAUGUGGAGGUUGAAACAGAUUCAUUGGAAGGUUUGCUUGUUUCAUUAUGUGAGCAAGGCAGUGUCCAAGAAUCAAUUACUCUCCUCAACGAAAUUGGGUCCAUAUUUUUUCCUGUUCGGAGUUCACCUAAUGCCUGCAAUCAAUCUCAUAAACUACACAAUCCUUAUUACAGGGAGGCUUAUGGUACAGUUGCUUCAACGUCUGUAACCUCUACCGAUGCGGAUAUGGAUAUCCAAUUUUCUGGUAUGAGGGAUGUAAAGAAUGUGGCAGAAAAUUACGAUAAUAAAGGGAAAAGGUCUAAAUUUGAUGACUUUGACUAUUGCUAUAAGCAAAUUGCUACACUCUGUUCAAGAGGGGAAAUACGAGAAGCUAGUCAAUUAGCAAAGGAAAUAGUUUCCAAUUUUGGCAGGGCCAAUUAGUAGAACUCAGAACGCUGGCCACCUAAGUGAUGUAGGUGCUUUCUUCCCUGUCAAUGAGGGACCAGGCAAGGCAUCAUGCAUGCAAAUGCAGAAUACCGUCAAACACAAAGAGUUCAGCUGGUGGAAGUUGAAGCAUGAAAAUUGGAAGCAAUGUUAAUGGUGGUUUUCCGCCAUUUAAUUUUUUUCAUUUUUCUGGCGUAAUGAAGAUGAAAAGCUACAGAAGCCUGCUGCACAGUGGCUUUCAACCAUGAUAUCGCUGCUGUUGAAGGAUGUAUUGGAAAAACUGGAUGGAUGUUUGUGCCUCAGUAUUGUCAGACUGGACAUAAUUUUGGGGCUUUUGCAAGUAAAAUGCAUUCCCGAAAGAAGAAGAAAAAAAGUGUUGCGUGGAUGACAUCUUGAACGAAACAAGCACUGCACCAUGUGUCUAAGCAAAGAAGUGUGAAAGACCACGAAGUCCACAUUGUUUAAAGAUCUACUUGGCAUCACUUGCUUUGACAAAAGCUUGCAAAAUCAAACACAUCUCUCGGACGAGGAACUUAGUGCAACCCGGUGACACUAGUUGGAUUUAGUAUUCUCCGAACUUUGAAAUCCUGUGUUACUUAACAACUGAUGUCUAGUGAAACCUGUUGUCAAUCUUGCUUCUCUCAAUGGUAUAUCUUUAUGCUGUCAAGCAGCCUUAUUAAAAGGGUAGUUCUAGAAUCAUGCCAAUUGUCAGUCAGGUUCCUUGGAUGCACAUGAUGAUUUGUUUCAUUACUUCAAAUUACUUUGCUGCCAACUUGAUCUGGAUGGUUUGGCCUUGACUAAUCUACCACAUUUCGAAAAAAUAUCAGCGAAUUCCUUGCUGUGAAUGUAGAACUGGGGAGUAAUUUCAGCAUGCUUUGGCAAGGGAUGUAAACUGUAGAGCUGCUGGAUGGAAUAUUCAGUUUCUUCUCUGAGUACGUGCGUCUGCAGACAAUGGAAUGUAUCUUGUACUUCUUGGUUAUGAUGUUUGGGGUUAUGUGGUUUCAGCUGUUGUUAUUUGCAAUUCGUUUUCAUUAGAGUUUCUGUAUCAGUGUUUCUGUCAUGUUCUAGUGUUUCCAUAAUGCCCUUUAUUUAUUGAGGCCAGUUUGGUGGGUUUAGUUUGUGCAAGGUAUGGCCCCUGCCUGCUUCUGUGUUGUGAUUUUUCUGCUUGUUUUGGAACACACGCA